UUUGUCAUUUUUUCUGGUCAGCACCAUGACCAGGAGAAAGGUGAAACUUGCAUUCAUAGUCAAUGACUCCGCAAGGAAGGCAACAUACAAGAAAAGGAAGAAGGGUUUGAUGAAGAAGGUGGAUGAACUAACCACCCUUUGUGGAAUUGAAGCAUGUGCUAUAAUUUAUAGCCCAUUCGAUCCUCAACCUGAGGUUUGGCCUUCCCAGUGGGGGGUUCAAAAUGUGUUGGAAAGGUUGAAGACAAUGCCUGAAUUGGAGCAGAGCAAAAAGAUGAUGAACCAAGAGACUUUCCUAAAACAAAUGAUCUUGAAGGCAAAAGACCAAAUGGCAAAACAGAAGAAGGAAAACAGGGAGAAAGAGAUGAAUUUGCACAUGUUUCGGUGCAUCAAUGCGGGGAAGGUCCUGCCCAACAUGACCACGAAUGAUUUGAAUGAUCUUGCGUGGGUGAUUGAUCAUAACCUGAAGGAGGUCGACCGAAUGUUGGAAAAAAUGAACAACACUGUGAUUCACCAGGGUCGUUCUUCAAUCUUAGCCGCUCCAAGUCCAAUCCAACCCCAAAUGGCACCAGCACUUACAGUAGCCAAGACCGAAGAAAUGACUCUAGUGGAUGAUGUCCAUGGGCUUGCCAUGAAUAAUGCUGACGCCAUUCAGAGACAGUGGUAUGUGGAUUUGAUCAAUGGUAAUUAUGGGAAUGAGACAAUGACAUUUGGAGAUGCUAAUCCCCAAAAUGGAUCAUUUUGGCCCAACCCAUAACUUUGGAAAAAGUAAUGAUGUACUUCUUAGCAAUGCUCUUAGGGGCAUGCAUGAUCUCUCCCAAUUUAGUUUUAUGAUUUAUGUUUUUAGUGCUUUUGCGGUGUGAAUGUGAAGACACAAUAUUAAGUCAUUAUGGUCUAGUAGUCUUCACAUCUUUGUUUCAUACAUGCAAAUAAUUCAUCAUGUGCAGCUUAGGCUCACAUGAUUAUUUCCUAGCUACUUCCAAAAUCUUGUCUCUUUAGUUUCAAAGUGUACUGAUUUUGGU